AUGAGCUAUCCAGAACAGUUUAAAGGCUUUGCUAUAGACGACCCCAAAGAUUGGGCUCAUCCCAAGCUCACUAGUUACCAGCCCAAAAAUUUCGAACCUCGCGAUGUGGACAUCGAGGUCGAAUGCUGUGGUAUCUGCGCUUCCGAGUUAUUUGCACUCCAAAACGGCUGGUCGCACGAACCAUUGGCGUGUUUGAGCUCAAAGUAUGGACCCAAGACCCAGGUCGUGGGCCACGAGGUUGUGGGCAGAGUCGUGGCCGUUGGGCCCGAAGUCACACUGUGUAAAGUCGGCGAUAGAGUUGGUUUGGGAGCACAGGCGUCUUCUUGUAUGCAAUGCGUGCGUUGUGAAUCUCAAAACGAACAGUACUGUUCCAAUUCCGUGGGCACCUAUUGUUCCGCUUACCCCGAUGGCUACAUCUCGCAAGGUGGUUACGCAUCUCACGUUCGUGCCCACGAACAAUUUUGUUUUCCAAUCCCACUUGAGCUCCCAUCCGAAUUGGUGGCACCUCUGCAAUGCGGUGGUUUAACCGUAUACUCGCCCAUCAAGCGUAACAUUGCCGACAAAACCAACCCUAAAGUUGCUGUCAUUGGUAUUGGUGGACUUGGACACAUGGCCAUCAUGAUUUCUAAAGCUCUAGGAGCGCAGGUCUAUGCCAUUUCUCGUGGUUACUCUAAGAAAGAUGACGCUAUGAAGAUGGGAGCCCAUCAUUUUGUGGCCACCAGUGAACCAAACUGGCAAAAGGAUCUUUACGAUGAGUUCGACUUGAUCUUGAACUGUGCUUCGUCUACUUCUGCUUUGGAUUUGGACAGUCUUUUGCCCUGCUUGAAAAUCAAUUGCAACUUCGUGUCGGUUGGAUUGCCUCACAUUGAUGAAGACUUUAGAGUCAAGCCUUUUACCUUCUUCCACAAUGGCUGUAACAUUGGUUCUUCCAAGCUAGGGUCUAGAAAGGAGGCCAUUGAAUUGAUGGACUUGGCAGUCAAACAUGAUUUUAGACCUUGGGUGGAGACUAUCAAGGUCUCAGAGGCCGGUGUUUCCGAAGGUUUAACCCGUUUGAAUGAGGGUGAUGUUAGAUAUAGAUUCACCUUGACAGGUUUCCACGAAUUUUUCAACACGGGCAAACAGUAA